UUAAGUGAGGAAGUGAAUUGCCCCUAUUGCAGCAGGAUGGCGAACGCAGUGCUUAAACAUUGUGUAGUAGGACUGCGUCUGUUCAGAAGGCAAACAUGCGUGGUGGACGUGGCUUCAUUCGUGCAUACUGGACUAGCCGGGAACAAAGAAAUCUCCUACAAGGAUCUGAAAGCACUUCUGGAAAAGAGCAAGAAUCUUGUCUUGGUUGAUGUUCGGAGCCAAGAAGAAGUGGCCAAAGGAUCCAUUCCCGGAUUCAUUCAUAUCCCGGUCGCUACAGUCCAGGAUGCUUUUAAAAUGCAGCCAGAAGAAUUCAAAGCCAAGUACGGAGUAACAAAACCAUCAUUAGACGCUCCAGAACUAGUGUUUUUCUGCCAAAUGGGUAAACGAGGAGGAAUGGCCACAGGCAAAGCCCAUGACCUGGGAUACAUGAAUGCUCGUAAUUAUAGUGGAGGAUACCAAGAAUGGUCUGAGAAGGAAGGAAAAUAAUAUCAGUUUACAGAAAGACCCAUAUACAUUUAUGUAUAAAUAAUAUAUUUAUUUAUACAAGUGGUGUGGCAGCUGUAUAUGUUGGUAUUGUAUGUGGUGUUUUUCAGUCCAUCACUACAAUUAAUACAAAUAAAGUUGUGCUAUUUAA